UAGGAGAGCAAAGAGGGCUGCUACAUUGCAGUAUUUUGAUUUUGAGCUUAAGCUGGAAUGAACAAGUGGCAACAUGGUGGGCCUUUCAUUUACUAAGUAACUGGCAACAUGGAAGAAGAAAAGCACAAACUCCUUGACCCAGCUAUUUUUUACUUUUAUUCUACAAGGUUCAAGAGAUAUUCCCACUUAAGGUGAUCAUGAAGGUAUAAUGUAGACAGCAAACGUUUGAAUUUGCUUCAAACACUGCUCCUUCCUUUGAUUUGAAUUCAUAAUGUACAAGAACUGCCUGAUCUGGUUGAUACUUAACUUAGUAACAAGGAGGUUUUUUUUUUGCCUUUUGGGCCUUGUGUCACAAAUGUAACUCGAUUCUCAUUUUGGUUUUAAAAAAAAUACUUUUCUCUUUUAACUAGCUAAUGUUCAACUUCAUACUAGCGUUCAGUGAGUUGAUUUUAUUUAAAGCAUUUUGCGAAUUCUCUGCUUUAAUUUGCGUGGUAGAAACUAUGAUUGUUAUACCACACACCGCUUAACCAGCUACCUAAUUUUUCUUUUCCAGUCUCCUCCCGUUUCAAAAUGGCGAACAGAUUUCACGUGUUUGAGGUUUGAAAGCAUCGGAGGUCUCAAAAGGAAUAGCGGAAAUGUCCGUGGAUGCAAGAUUGCCCAAGAAAAGGAAAAGAAUCUCAGCUUUAGCUGGACUUGAACCAAGGCACAUUGUAUCACCGGGAGAUGUCAUAACUGAAGACACAGGAUACAUGAGGGGUCAUGGUACAUAUAUUGAUGGGGAAAAAUUGAUAGCAUCAGUUGCUGGAAUAGUUGAAAGAGUCAACAAAUUGAUAUGUGUAAGACCAUUUAAGACAAGAUACAAUGGAGAAGUUGGAGAUGUUGUGGUUGGAAGAAUUACAGAGGUUGGACAGAAGAGAUGGAAAGUGGAAACUUUUUCCAGACUGGACUCUGUUUUGCUGCUCUCUUCAGUAAAUUUACCUGGUGGUGAACUGAGACGACGUUCUGCGGAGGAUGAAUUGAUGAUGCGCCACUUUCUUGCCGAGGGUGACCUGAUAAGUGCAGAGGUGCAAUCGGUAUACAGCGAUGGUUCUCUUUCUUUACACACGCGCAGUCUCAAGUAUGGAAAGCUUAAAGAGGGCACCCUCGUUCAAGUUCCACCUUCGCUGGUUAAAAGGUGCAAAACUCACUUUCUCAACCUUCCUUGUGGUGCCACGGUAAUUGUGGGUAACAAUGGUUAUGUUUGGAUAUCUCCUUUGGAAAACGAAGAUGCCACACCCGCUGACGGCCUGGCCAACAGUCUGGAAAAUGACACCAAUGCACCAAGACAGAUCCAGCACUCUGAUCGCGAGACGAUUGCGCGUCUUCGAAACUGUGUGUUGACAUUGACAGACCAUGGCGUGAUGCUCUUUAACACCUCUCUACAGUAUGCUUAUGACGCAUCAUUGAAGUACUUGGUAAAAGAGCUGCUGAAGCCUGAAAUCCGGGAAGAAAUAGUCGACAAUGUUAGGCAGCUCCUAUCACAAGAAAUGCUCUCCUGUGUAAAGUAGCCUCUCUUUUGGAUGUCACACAACGUUUUCUGAGACAGAGUCGCGUGACAUCACAAAGAAUGGCUGCGAAGGAGGCUAAACCCUGCCAACUGUAGGGUUUCUUCAUUUUAAUCGAAUUUUAGAAUAACAGAUGAAAUCUUUGCGGACUCAAACAACACCAAGUAAAAUGUAACUUUGUUGGAUUACCAAAUAGAGGACUGAGGCUAAUUUGGAUGCUAGUAUGAUUUUCUUGGGUAGUUUCAAUUUUUAGCUACCAUUUUGAAAUAGUUCUAUUAUACCAUGAAUCACUGAGUAGAGAUUGUAAAGCUUGUGGAAUCUCUCCAUGCGAGUAGUAACAUUUAAACACAAUAUUCUCCUUAUAUGAGUAAGGUAUCUGUGUCAAUUUGGAUGUGGUUUUCGUAAUAUAGAGAAACUGAGUUAUAUUAUGAAUUGUGCCCUUUGGACAAUUUUGCUAAUGCAAUAUUCAAGUGGCUGUAAACAAGUACUCUCUCUUUACUUAAACUCUUACAAUUCAAGCAUGAUCCUCGUUCACUUGCAACUGAGGUUUGGAUUUCACUGGAUUAAGUGUUUAAGGUCAACAGGAUGUGUAAGGAAAAUCUAACAUAACUUGAAAAGUUAUGACUAUAGCAGACUAACGCCCUAUUUUCAAAUUAUGAUUAUUUUCAUUAUUGAAGUUUAAUUGGAUUUGACAAAAUCAUCGAUUCUGCCGACAGUGUUCAAACUCUGUCUAUUGUCACCCGCUUUGAUCCAUUUAAAGGCAAUAAAAAUAAAUUCUACCAGUAAACGUUUGAGUAA